UUCACGCCGCGCCGCUAUGUGGCUCCGGCGUGGGCCACCCUGGCUCCGUCACGCCGAUGGGGACAGCAACCGGAGCGGGGAAUUCCACCGGGGUGACCUGGUGGGCCAUGAUGAACGGUUCCCUCUACGAGGACAGCCCGCCGCCAGUUCCACCAACCGCCUCGGCCCUCGUAUCGAUUCAGCAGCACCAGCAGCAGGCGACCUCGACGCCGGGUUCCCACCAGCAAGCGACCACGCCGACCUCACCUGGUGCACCGGUCUCAUCGGCAACGACAGCGCCACCGGCGCCCACGGCGAGCGCCAGUUCGACCUCGCCGAGCGCCUCCUCGGUGGCGAGCAACAGCGCGGCCGGGCCACUUCACAUACCCGCCAAGAGGUUGACGGCGACCCCGGGAGGCGGUGGUACCACCUACGGGGAGGUCUGCGUCGAGUCGUCGGGCGCGGCGGGCGCGGCGGGCGUCAUACGGCACUCGCACUCGGCCGGCUCCCAGGCCGGCUGGAGCUACAGCCCGCACCAUCCCCAGGACUCCCACUACUCGUCCACGCCGGGCGAGUCGUUGAACCAUCAUCAGGCCUACGGGGGUAACAAUCCCCCCACGUACUACAACCUGGCGGCCGAUCCCACCUCCACCUCCGGCUCCUCCAGGGACAACCGGAAGGCCGGCCUCUUCUGGUCGCCAGCGGCCGCCACCGCGGGCUCGGCCAGCACCGCCGGCUCUACCUCGGACUACAAGUCCUACAACUCGGCCGGCGCGGCCACCACGACGUCGAGCACCGGUGGCUCCAGCACCGGUGCCACCGGCGCCGCCGACCCGGCCGUCUCCUCCUGCCACCAGAGCUUCUCCCAGAGCUGGUGCAACUACGCCCCGUACACGACGGCGAGGCAUCACCACCCGGUCGACACGGCCGGCCACCAUCAUCCUCACUCGCAGGCGGGGGUACCGUAUCUGGCGCCAUCCGCGGCGGACGACCGCGGCAGGGUCGCUGCCGCUAUGGUCGCCGCGGAAGGUGCCUUUCCCCACGACGGAUACGGCGGCCUGAGAAACUACGGGGCGCCCGAGCCUGUUACUUCCAGCCCCUACCCACCUCCAGUGAUGUGGGGUUCCUCCCCAUCCUCCUUGUUUCCCGCAGGUUCGCUUGCGGGCGUGGGUGUCGGGGUUGGCGUAGCCGGGAUGGGCGUCGGGUGCGGCGGCUCCAACCCCCUGGAGUGGACGGGCCAGGUGACGGUGCGGAAGAAACGCAAACCUUACUCCAAGUUCCAAACCCUCGAGCUGGAGAAGGAGUUCCUCUUCAACGCUUACGUAUCGAAGCAGAAGCGAUGGGAGCUCGCGCGUAACCUGAAUCUGACCGAGCGCCAAGUCAAGAUCUGGUUUCAAAACCGUCGGAUGAAGAACAAGAAGAACAGCCAGCGGCAGACCCAAACGCAGAAUAACAACAACAACAAUAGCAGCAGCGCCAACAAUGCGAAUCACCACGCGGCGACCGGCAGUCAUCACCACCCGAGCACCGCGCACGCACCACCCUCGAGUCACCACGUGGUCGCGCAGGCGCAUCACGCGAACGGCUCCACGAAGCAUCAUCAGUGACCCGUGGCCUUCUCUGGGGUCGUAUUCGGGCAUCAUCAUCACAGCCAUACCUCGUCCAGCAGCGGUGGCAGCCACGGGGGCAGCCAUAGCAGCCUGGUAGCAGGUCACAGCCAUAGCCUCCACGCACCGCAGUCCCAGACGCCGCUACCGCCGAUUCACGUGUCGUCGUCGUCGUCGGGCACCAUAACGCCCGCCACGGCCGUAGUCCAUCCACACACACAUACGCACGCACACUCCGGCAGCCAUCAUCAUCAGCUGGCGCACGUGGCUCAACAGUAUCCCGCUCUCCUACACCAAACGCCUCAUGGCUUGGCCGCCUGAACGCACCGAACGCCCCAGAGAAAAACCCAUCGAGACGCCUCGGGUAGAACUGAGGUGAUCCCACUAAACCGUCGAUCAAUAUCCACGUCCACGGGAAUUCGAUGAAAAAAACAAAAAACACUCAUGGACUCUGUCGAGCAGCCGUUCAAAGACUGCUUCUACUAAGGAAAGAAAAAGCUCGCGCGUAGUAUAUUAAUUAUUAAUUAUAUUAUUAAUUAUUAAUUAUAUAUUAUUAUUAUUCAAUCGGGCGAAGACCUCGCUACUGUAUAGAAAGGGCGCGUUUGGGGCCACUAUUUCAAGCGGUCCGAAGACUCUUUUCGAGUGUCGGUGUCGGGUGCCGCUACUCCACGAAUAGUAUGCGUCAUCAGGCGACACCAAGCAAUCUGUCCAAUUCGUAAUUCGGUAGUAUUUUCUCCAGUUAUAUAUAUAUAUAGACAUAAAGUAAAGAGGUAAUUAAUGUCACUUAGUGUACCCCUAUUCCUCCCACCGCCCAGAGCCUCCUCUUUCCUCCUCCAGUCGCGCCGUAUGUUUAACUCUGUCUUACAUCCCUGUCUAUUGUUGGGCCCGGGUCGCACAUUUGGAGAUUGGAACGUAUCGUUGCAGUUACACCCGGCGCUGAUUCAAUCAAACACCAUUGAUUUUGCAGUUAGGGCUGGACGGUCCGUCGAGAAUCGCAAGUUGUAAAGCGGAUGGGUCGCUCUUAGGGGUAAGUGGACUCACUGAUCUCGCGUAAGUGCAUGUGUAUCGCUCUUUAAAUUAACUUUUCACUUCGGUAUGGGUUAUAUACGAUCGCAUUGAAGACCUUGCAAAUCUUGUCGACUACCCACGUACAACUAGAUAAUACUAAAGGCUAGUACUAGCAAAGGGUUUAUUAUUACUCGUCAUUUAACGCUCUUAUAUCUGUUUUCUUGAAUAUUAUUUUCUUAAAACGUUAACGAAGCGUGGAUCAUAAAAUUGACAUGUGGACUCGCGUCAAGUGUUUGUUCCCGGUAAUAUUUAAAUGUCAAUUAUCGUCGAUAAACGAUCUAACCAAACUUGCAGCGUAGUCCACGUUCGUCGGAACAUUAUGUUAUUAAUAGUGACGAUUCUCGAUUCAAAACGGAAAGUCAAAGGUAGUUUGUGAGAUAAAUGCCUUCUUUUCUUGCCGUUCGAUUAUUUGCCUGUCGUGACGAAAACGAAGUGUGUGGUAAAUUUUGAAGUCGGUGUAGGCUUAUCCGAAAAUUUAGGUAGCUACGUCCACAAUGUCGUACUAAUCGCCUACCAAGGAUCGCAAAUUAGUACCUAUAAUUCUUAAACUAAUAUCGAAGAAAAACGAUUUAUGUUAAACAUAUACCUAGUAGCCAGAUUAGUGGUCGAUUGUGCCGUUCUAGGCUGAGUUUGGGAUGUUCACAAAAAUUAUGGUGUUACGCAGGGUCAAAAUCGUACGCUCUCAGUAUUUUCAUCUCCGCGCGCGGGCGAAAUUCUUGCCGUGAAAGGAACAAAAGGUUGUGGUACUUAACGCUCUAAACUUUACCACUUGCUGACGCGACAGCGUACAAUUGCGUUAUUUAUAUGAUAAUAAUCGAUAACACGUGAUAAACAGGGCUUUUUGGCUUACGUUGCUAAAAACCCAGCGCCGAAAAUUUUUCUAAAUUUUUCGUACUUUAUAAUAAUACUUCAUUACCAUUGGGUAUCCCAAGUAUUGGACAAAAACUGAACGUGAUAUCGAUCGAUAUCCUAAAAUCGACAUUCGUUAAGUUUUAAUAUUAAAAAUCGAUUAAAUAUAAUUGAAUCGCGGGUAUGUUCUCUUAUUGAUGAUAUUUUACGCUUUCGGCUAGACUUAAAAAUCUCUAAGAGGAAAGUAUUUGUUGAUUAAUAAUUAUCAAUCAUUACAUAUACAUAAUCAUUGAUAAUGAUUAAUAUAUAUAUGUAUACGCGUGUAUUUUUUUGCGUUCAGUGACUGUCACAAGUAUUGAUCUCUGUAAAUAUAUCCAAUGGAUAUGUCACCUGACGGACGUCUUCCGGUCGUUCUACAUCUUUUGUUUAAGGCCCCCCCUCCUCCCCUCCGUGCUCAUGUCUUUCACGACGAGAAGCGAACGUAGUAAAAGAAAAUCGAUCUCGUAUGAACGAAGUCCUAAGCGCGGCCGGAAUACAAUUUUCAACAGAACAUCAGCGAGUAAGUAGGUAAUCUAAUCAGAGAUGUUAAAUGAAAAAGGAACUAUCCCACUGGAUCUCUAUUCUAAGGUGCAACUUAUCUAAAUUACAAAGGACCGCCGAGUCCGUGUGAAUGGCUACAAUAUAUUAUAUACAUGUAUUUUGUGUAUGUGUAUGCAUGCGUGUGUUCGGAUGGGGCGUGUACGUAUAUAUAUGUAUGCGUGUAAAAUAUGUAUUCGUGCACAUAUAUGUACGUAUGUUUUCUGUAAGCAAGAGCAUUUGUUUCAUUUGAGCAUUUGUGGUGUACGAACGUGUCACACGGCUGUGGAUACGAAUGUAUGUUUUGUGGUACAAAAUGAAAAGUGGACGCGCGCUUUGCACUGGAAGAAUCGAUAGGAAAAGAGAGGGAGCAAGAGAGAGAGAGAGAAAGAGAUAAGGGAAAGAGAGGUGGAUAAAUCGGGAUGCAAGAGAGAGAGAGAGAGAUAGAGAGAAGAUGAGAGAAAUGAAAACAGGAUAUAACCGUGAAUUGAAAAUUCUUAAGCGUACGAGAUAGCUGCGAACGAUGGUACACAGAUAAAUGCGGCUGAGUCGAGAGGAAGCGUAGAGACAGCGCGACGAUAGGACGUGGAUCCGUAUAGAGUGAAUUUGAACUCGUGAGAGACUGAGUUCCGGAAAACUGUAUAGUUCUGCCACGGUACUGUAACGGUUAAUUAUGUAACGGCGAUAAUAUAAUACAAUAUAAAUGAUAACGAGGUAAUUUCAAGUGAAAUUAUUAAAUGGGAAAUUUCGACCGGACGGCAGCGAUCCUGUUGCGUUUACCGUGCCGUCCGAAGCUUUGCCGCAAGUCGAUUGUAAUUAGUUAUUAAAUAUACCACUGAUGAUGUUUAUUAUGACUAUUAAAAAAAAUUCUUAAGAUUAUUAUUAUAUUAUAUUAUAUUAUUAUUAAUAUUAUUAUGAUUAUUAUUGUGAGCGUCACGUUAAUAUUAUGUUAUUGUUUUUAUUGUGUGUUGUUUUGUAUGUACCUAUCAACCUAUAAUAAUAACAUUAUUACAAUAAUCUACACACACGCUCACACGGACACAGUAGAGGAACGGGGAAAGGAAGUAAAUACACAUUAUUAUCUUUGUCCGCUCUAAAUACUGACUUGAUUUUCCGACCCACAAGUUUUUACGGUGCCCAAUUUGUAGAGAAAUUUCCGCUCUCUUAACACACAAACGGAAAUUUUAUGUUUUCUAAUUCGUAAAAAUUUCCUAACGCUUUAGAUUGUACUAAUUUUUGACCGAUAGUCUGAAAAAUUCGUAGAAUGAGUAAUCUAAAACUAAAGUUAUAUGUUGUGUCGUUGAGGUGCUGGAAAAGGAAAGUGGGAUGCUUGUGAGAAAAGCACCUUUUUAUUUAAAAGAAAUUGUUUUAUAUAAAAAUGUUUUUAAAUAUUUUUUUGUGACUUAAUUGCUAAAAUAUUUUUCUGUUAUUUUUAUAUAGACGAUAACAAAACUAUAACGCACCAAGUUAUUACCGAUACAUGAAAUAAGUGUAAAAAUCACACAUGUACCGUUUAUGUUGUCCAAUAUUGCUCUUCACACAUUAAUCAUCUUUCUCUUGAUUUGUCACUUCAUAUUGUAUAUUAUCAUGCGCUGUAUUUGUAAAUUAUAUGCGUAAAUAUUAAUUGUUUAAUAUUCCGUUAAAAAAUCUCCAUCCUUAUAUCGCAUAUAACAAAAACAUAUAACAAAAUAUUACAAAUAAAUCGUCACGGUUUUUUACAAAAUUAGUUAUGUUCAACCCAUUAUGCACGCAAAAAUAAUGAAGAAAAAUAUUUUUGCAAUCCUUUUAUAAUACAUUUUAACAGACGUACAUUAAAAUAUAAUGUAAAUUUGCUUUCAUGUAAGCUGACAUUUUAUGUACUAUGAAAUUAUAAUUUUCCAUAUCCUGAAAAAGUUAGAGGUAUGAUAUAGUUUAUUUAAAAGCACUCAGGAUAUUGCAAAAUUUUUAAUUUUGUAUAAUAUUUCGACACUGUCAAUAGUGAGUCAUGCAAUUAUUAUAGUUCUUUAUUCAACAUGUUAGCAAAACUUGCAUAAUAAUUCUAUAUUUACAUUGUUUCCUUAUAAAAUAUUAUUUUUGCGAGUUUAAACAAUUUUUUAUUUUACAAAUUUUUGUGGCUUUAAAUGCAUUACGGAUAAAAGUAAUAAAAUGACGCAAAAAUUACAUCUGUUAAUAUGUCAACAUAUCGAAGCAUAAUAUUACAGAAUAUUUUCUUGAGUAUCUGUAAUUUCUCUCCGAUAAAAUGUUAUUUUUAAGAAUUCAUUACGCGUUCUAUUUAUUGCCUAAUGUGUUUAUCAAUACGUAAUGCUAUUUAAUCCACGAAAAUUUUUAAUUUAUUUAAAAUUAAAAUUAAACAUUUUUUUAAGAGUUGAAAAAGUGUU